UACAACCUUCUGCAACAAAACCAUCAGAGAGGAGGAAGCUUUCCAUCCUGAACCCAACGGCUCAGUUCAGAUCCCUUAAAGACGACUCGGCACUUUGACUGCAGAUAUUUUUGAUUCUGCUCUUCUUAAUAUGAAUAUGUCCAAACCUUCACAGACUGUUCUGUUUUUCUUCAUUUUAACAGCACAGGUGUUUACAGUAGUCUGGUCCCAGGCAUGUCCACGGAGAUGCCAGUGUCCCAAGGAGCCCCCGAUGUGUCUCCCUGGAGUUCCCCUGAUCCUGGACGACUGUGCCUGCUGCCUUGUGUGUGCUCGUCAGAAAGGACAGAUCUGCUCUGAAAUGAACCCCUGCGACACUCGUAAAGGGCUGCAGUGUGACUACACAGCCGACGUCCACAAGAGGACUGGUAUCUGUGCAGCUCAUGAAGGAGAUGUGUGCGUUUUGGGCAGCUCUGUCUACAAGCAUGGUCAGACCUUCUUCCCCAGCUGCAAGUACCAGUGUGUGUGUCGGGGCGGACAGAUUGCCUGCGUGCCACGCUGCAACGUGGAUGUGAUGCUGCCUGGCCCUGAUUGUCCCAUGCCACGGAAGAUCCAGGUGCCUGGAGAGUGCUGCGAGAAAUGGGUGUGUGAGCCCCAAGCAGAGGCCAGUGCUCUGGGUGGCCUCGCCAUGGCGGCCUUUCGUCGGGAGGAGACCGUGAGCUUUGACAACUGGGACUCCAGCCUGAAUUGCCUUGAGCAGACCACAGAGUGGGGUGCUUGCUCCCAAACCUGUGGCAUGGGGGUGUCCACCAGAGUGACCAAUAAGAACCGUCGCUGUGAGAUGGUGAAGCAGAGCAGACUGUGCAUGAUCAGACCCUGUGAUGACCUGCAGAGUCAUACUCAGCCGACACAGCUUUCAACAAAGAGAGGCAGUAAGUGUCAGAGGAUGGUAAGGAGUGACCACGCUGUCCACCUCUCCUAUAAGAACUGCACCAGUGUCCAGGCGUACAAACCUCGCUACUGUGGCUCCUGCACAGACGGCCGCUGCUGUACACCUCACAGAACUAAGACCGCCAUGGUGGAGUUCCAGUGUGCCAUGGGUAAAAGUGUCAGGAGGCCAGUCAUGGUGAUCCUGACCUGUGCUUGCCACAGAAACUGUCCUCGAGACAACGCUGUGUGGCAGCCAUCAGAGCUGGGAUACAGUGGCAUGAGGUUAUAGCUAAACGACUUGCAAUAGUUAAUCCACAUUGCAGCCAAUAACUGUGUCUUUAAAUCCAAGGAUGCCUUCAAACCGGUUGGAAGACAGUAACAGAUAAAAAUAAACUCUCCAUGUCUGGAGAUUAGUCAACUACCAGUCCUUCGCCACGGACCUCAGCCAUUUGUCUGUGCUCUCAGAUACAUGGAUGUCGUAUAGCCUGGCGGUGUGGACUCACCUUUAUGUCAAUGUCUUGCAGACAUACAACUAAGUCGUGGCCACUCCAGCAGAAAUGUGCAUUUUUGUAGAUGUCAUAUGAAACCAUUGUGUAUUUUGCUGAGUCACAUUUAUGAGGGGGAAAGCUUUGACUGCAGCCAACUCCAGUAACAUUUGACACUUGGGUCUAGAAAGAAAAGCCGUUUUUUACAAUAUAAUAUGUUUGCAAUAAUAAAAGAGAAACAACACCAGGAAAACAGAAAGAAAUAGAGGAAUCAGACCAUGAGCUGUUACUUUCUGCUAGAACUGCCAUGGGAAUUUUCCAGUGAUGGAGCACAUUUUUGAAAUAACAGGACUUUGACCUGGUCCCAUACAAGGACUCAACCUAAAAACGAGGGGUCACAGUGAUGACUUAGUGUUAUUUCUAACAUCUGCCUAAAAUCCUGCAUUUGUCACAAAAUGCAUAAAUUGUAUGUUCCCAGCAAUGAAAGCAGAUGCAUGUUGUUGUUUAGUCUAGAAUGGUUGCAUUUGUUUAAGCUAGUGCACAUAAACUGAAGCUAUUUUUUUAUAAUGACAAAAGUUUUGUAAAUACUUGCUGUAUAGCUUGUCUGACUGAGUGUGUAUCAAAUACACAGUGUAAACAUGAAUUGUAUAUAAUUAGUGUGAUUUGUACUUCACACUGUUUGUGUCUGUGUCUGACAGAACCGUAGUGCAAAACGCCACAUGAAUAAAUGUGAAUUUUUUUUUGUA